ACUAAAAAACAACUAAAACGGUGCACGGCAAAACAAGGUUUUAGUUAGUAGUACAGUUCGUCUUGAAUCAGCUAAACCGCCGUAUCCCCUCCGAAAAAACGCUAAACAAACAGUAAACUGCAAUUCAGAAACGAAGAAGAUAGAGAGAAAAAGAUAAAAUCUCAAUCUCUAUUCUGCAAUCCCUGUUCACGUUUCAUAGAUGACGGAGGUUGCGAGCUCCGUAGUUCAUGAAGUUUUAGGGAAAAACUUUCAAGACUUGGACGAACCUAUAAUCGAUUACAUCGUUAAUGUUCUCGCUGAUGAAGAUUUCGAUUUCGGCGAGGAAGGCGAUGGAGUUUUCGAUGCUCUUGGUGAACUUUUCGUUGAUUCUGGCUGCGUCGCCGAUUUCUCCGAGUGUCGUUAUGUCUGCAGCAUAUUAUGUGAUAAAUUUGGGAAGCAUGGGUUAGUCAAGCCAAAACCAACAGUAAGAAGUUUGGCGGCACCAGUUAGGAUGUUUGAUGGGAUGGAUGAAGAGGUUGUGCCAAAGAAGAAGGUUGAGGAGAUAGACGGCCCACUUUUGACUGAGCGUGACAAAAUGAAGAUUGAAAGAAGGAAAAGGAAAGAAGAGCGCCAAAGAGAGGCUCAAUACCUGAAGCAUGUAGAAGAAAUGGAAGCUGUCAGAGCAGGAAUGCCUGUUGCAUGCGUGAACCAUGGACAAGACACUGGCGGACCUGCUAUUAGAGACAUCCAUUUAGAUAACUUUAGUGUAUCCGUUGGAGGUCGGGAGCUCAUUGUAGAUGGUGAAGUGACGCUUUCUUUUGGAAGGCAUUAUGGACUUAUCGGAAGGAAUGGUACGGGAAAAACUACAUUCCUUAGGCACCUGGCCUUGCAUGCCAUUGACGGCAUCCCCAAGAAUUGUCAAAUAUUACACGUGGAGCAAGAAGUGGUUGGCGAUGACACAACAGCUUUGCAGUGUGUGCUUAACUCAGAUAUCGAACGAACGCAGCUUUUGGAAGAAGAAUCUCACUUAUUAGCGUUGCAGAGAGAACAUGAACUUCAGGAGUUAGAUGGGAAGAGCAAUGGACAAUUAAAUGGCGAUCUAGAUAAAGAUACUAUUGUACAGAGGCUCCAAGAGAUAUACAAAAGACUUGAACUCAUUGACGCAGAUUCUGCGCCGGCACGGGCAGCUUCAAUUCUUGCGGGUCUAAGUUUCUCACCGGAGAUGCAGCAUAAGGCAACAAAAACAUUUUCUGGAGGAUGGCGAAUGCGUAUAGCUCUUGCUCGUGCAUUGUUUAUUGAACCUGAUCUGUUACUUCUUGAUGAACCAACGAACCAUCUUGAUCUACAUGCUGUACUGUGGCUAGAAGCUUACUUAGUGAAGUGGCCAAAAACAUUUAUUGUUGUGUCUCAUGCCAGAGAGUUUUUGAACACGGUUGUCACGGAUAUCAUUCAUCUACAAGGGCAAAAGUUGACAUCAUACAAAGGGAAUUAUGAUACAUUCGAGAGAACACGAGAGGAACAACUCAAGAAUCAGCAGAAAGCAUUUGAGUCUAAUGAGAAAUCCAGGGCGCAUAUGCAGGCUUUUAUCGACAAGUUUCGUUACAAUGCAAAGCGUGCAUCUCUUGUACAAUCUAGGAUCAAGGCACUGGACCGCAUGGGUACUGUAGAUGCAGUAGUUAAUGAUCCUGAUUACAAGUUUGAGUUCCCAACACCAGAUGACCGUCCUGGCCCCCCUAUCAUAAGUUUCAGUGAUGCCUCAUUUGGCUAUCCUGGCGGGCCAACUUUGUUCAAGAACUUAAACUUUGGGAUUGAUCUGGACAGUCGUGUUGCUAUGGUUGGUCCUAAUGGUAUUGGUAAGUCCACAAUACUCAACUUGAUUGCAGGAGAACUGCAACCUAGCUCAGGAACUGUUUUCCGCUCAGCCAAGGUGCGUAUUGCGGUAUUUAGUCAACACCAUGUUGAUGGAUUGGAUCUGUCCUCAAAUCCUCUUCUCUAUAUGAUGCGGUGCUUCCCAGGUGUGCCUGAACAGAAGUUACGAGGUCAUUUGGGUUCAUUUGGUAUAACAGGAAAUCUUGCGCUUCAGCCCAUGUACACCUUAUCCGGUGGUCAAAAAAGCAGAGUUGCAUUUGCAAAGAUUACUUUCAAGAAGCCACAUUUAUUGUUGCUAGAUGAACCGUCAAAUCAUCUUGAUUUGGACGCUGUGGAAGCACUAAUCCAAGGUCUUGUGAUGUUCCAAGGAGGAAUUCUGAUGGUUAGUCACGAUGAACAUCUGAUUUCCAACAGUGUCGAUGAGCUGUGGGUAGUUUCUCAGGGAACAGUGAAACCCUUCCAUGGUACAUUCCAGGAAUACAAGAAAUUAUUGCAGUCUUGAAUUUAUCAUAAACAGCAAAAGUUUCAUAGUUGGCUUAGCUUAUCACAGUUCUGGAAAAGCAAAAUGAUUGAAACAAUGGUAUAUGUGCUAUAUAUUUCAAGGCCAUAAUGCGAGAUUUUCUUCGUGCUGGAUCCUGUAUGGCUGUAACCGAUCAGCAUAAAGCAUGGAAUUUUGUUUGGCUCAGUUUUCUUUAGUUGAUAUGUUUGCAAGGAUGAUUGCAAACAACCUCUUUGUGGAGUAUUAUAAAGCAAAUGUUGCAUACAUUUAACUCUUAGCUUGUUUAGGUGGGAGCUACAUAAUCUGUAUUUUGGGGAUAAUGGUAUGUGAUGGAAUGUUGGUUGGGUUUCCCCGGUUGUCCAAUAAGAGACUGACAGUUCUAUUUAUAACCAUCUCUUUUCAUUAUUGCGAAUUUACUAUAUGAUUUUGGAGAAAA